UAGGUAUGGGCUAUAAAUGUAAAUAGACGUGGCAACCCUGAGUCUGGACUUCCUGGCGAGGCGGGGCUCAGCAGCAGAUAACUAACAUCUGGCGAAGAGCUCGAGCUCUCCACCUCGGGCUGCAGAGACAUCUCUUAGCGACGAGCCCUGUGGUCUGCCUCUAGCCUGUCUAUGAACUGAAGUGCCUCAUUUCUAAAAGAACAGAGCGUCCUCAUCAUGUCUGCGGCAGCUCCCAACAGUAAGAGCCAGUCCAGUCUCAGAGAAGACUUGACCUGCGCCAUCUGCUGUGACCUCUUUACUGAGCCGGUGAUGCUGGGGUGCAUGCAUCACUUCUGUAAGCACUGUAUCAGUACCUACUGGAGGGGUACCCAGACACCGGUUUCCUGUCCCCAGUGUAGGAAGGAGUUCACCACCAAACACUUCCAGACCAACUAUCUGGUGACAGCCAUGGUGGAGAAGGUUAGGGCCUCCACCUCGGACUGUUAUGUCCAGAAUAUACAGAAACAACAGAAGGAUUCGUUGGAGGCCCACAGACGGAGACGAGAGGAUUUCAUCACUGUUCUAAAUGGAGACAAGGACAAGAUGGAGAGCAUCAAGAGAAUUGGCUCUGAGCUGCAGGUGCGGAUCCAAGGGGAGUUCCAGGCGUUGCAUGCCUGCCUUGCGGAGGAGGAGGCGUGUGUGUUGGAACAGCUGCGGAGGGAGCAGGAGGUGGCUCUGGAGCAGCUGCAGCGCCACCUGGAGGCUGUCCGAGAGGCUGUCAGUCAGCUGGACCACAGUAUGAGAAUCCUGCAUGAGGCUGCUACUACCACGCACCAGACUGGACUAGUAGAGCUUCCACAGAUACGGCCUCCAUUAGACGUGGGCCCAGGACCAGAGUUGGACUUGAAUGGCUUCAGCAGUAGAUACAUGGCCCCGCUGCAGUACAUCACGUGGAGGAAGAUGUUCAAGUCUCUCAAACCCGGUCCGGCCCCGGUAACGUUCGACGUGGACACGGCCCACCCCAGUGUCUACGUAUCCAGAGAUAGAACCAUCGCAGUAGACUGUGAUAGCAUGAACCCCUACCAGCCCAACCCUAAGAGGUUCCUACAGUCUGUCAACGUGCUGGGGGCUCAGGGCUUCCAAGAUGGACGCCACUACUGGGAGGUAGGAGUGGGCAGCAAGGCCAAGUGGGACCUGGGUGUGGCGUCGGAGAGGGUUGACCGCCAGGCCCGGGUCAAGCUGAGUCCUGAGAGCGGUUACUGGACCCUACGACUGAGAGAGGGAGACCAGUACUCUGCAGGCACACAGCCCUGGACACGUCUCCAGGUUGGGUGUUCUCCCCAGAGGAUAGGGGUGUUCCUGGACUGUGAUGAGAGGAAGGUGUCCUUCUACAACGCUGAUGACAUGAGUCUCCUGUACUCCUUUAGCAACGGCCCCAGGGGCAGAGUGUUGCCCUUCUUCAGUCCCUGUGUCAAUGAUACUAACCAGAAACCACAGCCCAUACAGUUGCUGCACUAUCCUCCUGUUGACCUGUCCCGUUAGGACAGGUGUGUCAAUGAUACUAACCAGAAACCACAGCCCAUACAGCUGCUGCUGCACUAUCCUCCUGUUGACCUGUCCCGUUAGGACAGGUGUGUCAAUGAUACUAACCAGAAACCACAGCCCAUUAGGACAGGUGUGUCAAUGAUACUAACCAGAAACCACAGCCCAUACAGCAGCUGCACAUAUCCUCCUGUUGACCUGACCCGUUAGGACACGUGUGUAGAAGACUGGUGUAUCAAUGACUACAGUCAGAAACCAUAUCCCAUAAUGCUCCUCUUGGUCCUGACUGGUGUGUUUUGAGAUGGGUUUUCUCUGAUCCUUGGCUCUUGAUUUGCCAGUUGCUGUAAUAGUUUGCCUAAAGUGUCUGUUUGAGCUUCCCAAGUCUAAAUCACUAAAACGCUCCGUAUCACUUCAUUGCUCUGAGGCAUUUACUUCCAAAGGGUUUUGCAAUGGAACAGUUGCUAUAGUAAAUGUCUCAUCGCCAGGACUUAUCAGCAUGAUGCAUCAUGGGAAUCAUAACGUGGUCUCAUCAGCAUGAUGUAUCAUGGGAAUCAUAACGUGGUCUCAUCAGCAUGAUGCAUCAUGGGAAUCAUAACGUGGUCUCAUCAGCAUGAUGCAUCAUGGGAAUCAUAACAUGGUCUCAUCAGCAUGAUGCAUCAUGGGAAUCAUAACGUGGUCUCAUCAGCAUGAUGCAUCACGGGAAUCAUAACAUGGUCUCAUCAGCAUGAUGCAUCAUGGGAAUCAUAACGUGGUCUCAUCAGCAUGAUGCAUCAUGGGAAUCAUAACGUGGUCUCAUCAGCAUGAUGCAUCAUGGGAAUCAUAACGUGGUCUCAUCAGCAUGAUGAAUCAUGGGAAUCAUAAUGUGGUAUCAUCAGCAUGAUGCAUCAUGGGAAUCAUAAUGUGGUCUCAUCAGCAUGAUGUAUCAUGGGAAUCUUAACGUGGUCUCAUUUAUAAAGGAGUAAUAGAAAUAUUGUAAUAAAUUCUGCUUUAGUGGCUAUGUGUACUUUUUGGGUGACCAAAUUCUCACAGAAAUGUGAGUUAUAGAUAUUUCAUUCUACUUACACUUUUUAGACUUGUUUAAGAUGUGUGAUAUUUCUAUGCUGAAGUUGAUUUUCUAUGCUGAAGUUGAUUUUCUUUCGUGUGACUUUUGCUUUCGGUUUUGUUACACCAGCUUCAAAAAGCUGUAACGACAAUAUUUUUGGUUAUGGAAAAUCUAUUUCACAGUGGUUUAGAUGGUACAAUGAUUCUCUACACUAUACUACCUUAUUUUGUCACAUAAACUGGAAUUAGGCAAACUACUAGAGUUUUAGAAGCCAGGAAAUGGCAGAGCGACUUCCUGCAUAGUGCAUCUUUUAAGUUUCGGCCAUAUGCCUGUUGCUCUUUUGACAAAAUGGGGCCCGUUGUCCAUUUAGUGGAUGUUUCCUCCUGUGGUUUUAAGAGUCACUGUAGAUAUUGAGAUAUAUAUAUAUAUAUAUAUACCAUAAUUACACCACCUUUAAAUCCCCCUGCUUUCUCAUCAGGGCUUACGUUAUACCUUCUCACCAUUUUAUGUGAUCUCUAUUUUUAAUCGGUUAAAUAUUUAAAAGUGUUUUCAUCACAGUACUUUUAAAUUUUGUUUUUGAGUUCUUUGCGAUCAUUAUUUUUCCCUAAUCUGAAUACUACACAUUUUUACAGAUCUCAAUCAAUCUCUGCUCAUCAGAUUACAUGAAGGACGGAUUUUAUUGUAAUCAGAGAAAGGACUUUUUUUGAGGGGGGGAGGGGUGGUGUCAUUGACAAUAAACAAUGAACCAAAUCAAA